GGACAUAGUCACGUGUCCAUUCACUAACUUCCCAUGUCCAACACCGAGGAGCAUACCCUUCUGCUUCUUCUUCUUCCUCCAUAUUCUUCCUUGUUAUUCCUUUGUAAUCCCAUUUCCAAUGGCUUUUGGACUCCGGACAAGGAGCUUUGGGUUUAGAGAAGGAGAGUCUGAGUUUGGGGCUGCACUUCAGUGGUGGAACCAGAUUCAUGACUCAGAUCAUUGGCAGAAAGAUAUUUACUAUGCCCUUUGUGCCGCUUAUGCCUUGGUUUCCUGUGUUGCCCUGGUACAACUGGUGCGCAUUCAAAUGAGGGUACCUGAAUAUGGGUGGACAACGCAGAAGGUUUUCCACUUGUUGAAUUUUGUUGUCAAUGGGUUGAGGGCUGUCCUUUUCGGUUUAUACAAAAGUGUUUUUGCAAUUAGACCGAAGGCACUCGAGCACGUGCUAAUGGAAGUUCCUGGUCUUCUGUUUUUUUCUACUUAUACAUUGUUAGUCUUGUUCUGGGCCGAGAUAUAUCACCAGGCAAGAAGCGAACCGGCACACAAACUUAGGCCUGCUUAUUUUAUCAUCAAUGGAAUUAUUUACUUCGUACAGGUCUGCCUCUGGAUUAACAUGAGUGUUAGCAAAACUGUCACUGGCAUGGAAGCUGCUAAACUCUUCCUUGCAGUUUUAUCAUUCUGUGCUGCUCUUGGAUUUUUGUUGUAUGGUGGAAGGUUGUUUUUCUUGUUGAGGCGCUUCCCCAUUGAAUCCAGAGGUCGUCAAAAGAAACUUUAUGAGGUUGGGUCGGUUACAACAAUUUGCUGCACUUGCUUCAUGAUAAGAUGUGCUUUGCUUGCGCUUUCUGCUUUUGAUGAGGAUGCAGAUCUUGAUGUCAUGAAUCAUCCCGUUCUUAACCUAGUGUACUAUUUGUUGGUAGAGAUUGUUCCAUCGGCGUUGGUGCUUUUCAUUCUGCGAAAGUUGCCCCCAAGACGAGUUUCUGAUCAGUAUCACCCCAUCAGAUGAGUUGUGCAUUCAAAAUCCUCUCAGAAGCCCAACAAUCGGUUCCUCUUUAAUAGAUCUUUUUCAUCUGU